AUGCCUCGUGGUCCGCGUAAACACCUGAAGCGCCUGAGCGCGCCCAAGCACUGGAUGCUCGGCAAGCUCGAUGGCAUCUGGGCGCCGCGUCCGUCGUCGGGUCCGCACAAGCUUCGCGAGUGUCUUCCGCUCAUCAUCAUCCUGCGUAACCGUCUCAAGUACGCGCUGACGAAGCAGGAGGUGACGAUGAUCUGCAUGCAGAAGAGCGUCAAGGUCGACGGCAAGGUCCGCGUGGACCCGGACUUCCCUGCUGGUUUCAUGGAUGUGGUGGAGCUGCCAAAGACGGGCGACCAGUUCCGUCUGUUGUACGACACGAAGGGCCGUUUCGUGCUUCACCGGGUCUCGGAUGAGGAGAAGAAGUACAAGCUUGCCAAGGUAAUUCGUCAGGAGUACACGAAGAAGGCCAUUCCGUACAUCGCCACCAACGAUGGUCGUACGAUCCGGUACCCGGACCCAGUCAUCAAGGUCGGUGACACGGUCAAGAUUGAUCUGGAGACGGGCAAGGUCGUUGACCACAUCAAGUUCGAGGUUGGCAACUUGGUGACGAUCACUCGUGGACGAAACUCUGGCCGUGUUGGCAUCUUGCACCACAUUGAGAGACACCAGGGUUCGUUCAACAUUGCUCACGUCAAGGACUCGGCAGGUAACGACUUUGCCACUCGUCUUGGCAAUGUGUUUGUCGUCGGCAAGGAGUCCCGCCCGUGGGUGUCUCUGCCAAGGGGCAAGGGUAUUAAGCUGAACAUUCUGGAGCAGCGUGAGCUGAAGGAGAAGCGGGCUAACAACUAG